AUGAUGAAUAAUUCUGGGGCAAGCAAUGGAGAUUCAAAUGUCUAUGAAAAACAAGUUGAAGGUCAUGAUCACUGUGAAAAUGGAGAUGGGUCCGAUAAUGGAGUUACUUUGGGGAUUGAUGGUGGCACUACUUCAACUGUUUGUGUCUGCAUUCCUUUCUUUCCUUCUUCCAAAACCCUCCCUAACCCUCUCCCUAUCCUUGGACGGGCUGUUUCUGGAUGCUCCAAUCAUAACAGUGUUGGAGAAACUGCUGCUAGGGACACGCUAGAAGAGGUUAUGGCUGAAGCCCUUUCAAAAUCAGGUUCUGAUUGGUCCGCCGUUCGUGCUGUUUGUUUAGGCGUUUCUGGUGUUAACCAUCCAACUGAUCAAGAAAGGAUACUAAACUGGCUAAGAGAAAUUUUCCCUGGCCAUGUGAAGUUGUAUGUUCAGAAUGAUGCUGUCGCUGCUCUUUCAAGUGGGACCAUGGGAAAGCUCCACGGCUGUGUUUUAAUAGCUGGUACAGGGUGCAUUUCUUAUGGAUUUGCUGAAGAUGGCAGAGAAGCUCGAGCUUCAGGUGCAGGACCUGUCCUAGGUGAUUGGGGGAGUGGCUAUGGAAUUGCUGCAAAGGCACUGACUGCUGUAAUAAGGGCUCAUGAUGGUCGCGGUCCACGGACAAUGCUUACAAAUAAGAUUUUGAAGGCCCUUGGUCUUUCAUCUCCUGAUGAACUUAUUGGGUGGACUUAUGCUGAUCCAUCUUGGGCACGCAUUGCAGCUCUUGUUCCAGAAGUGGUAUCUUGUGCAGAAGCUUGCGAUCAAGUUGCAACUAAGAUCUUAGUUGAUGCAGUCCAGGACUUGGCUCUAAGUGUGAAGGCUGUUGUUCAAAGACUUGGUUUGUGUGGUGAAGAUGGAAAUGGUUCUUUUCCUGUUGUGAUGGUUGGUGGUGUUCUUGAAGCUAACAGGAGUUGGGAUAUUGGGAAAGAAGUGAUGAAGUAUGUUCAGGAUCUGUUUCCUGGGGCUCGUCCUAUUAGACCACAGGUGGAACCAGCUGUUGGGGCAGCUUUGCUGGCCUGGAAUUUCUUGGUGAAAGAAUCAACAGAAAAAUGCCAUAGCUGA